AUGCUAGCGUUGUUGGAGUUUGCAUUUGAUCGCUCAGCUGUAGAGUCCUGGGUCUACACUGAAUGGGCGAAAAUCUACGAUGAGAGGUUCAUCGAAGAGUCUGUCCUCAAACCUAUUGAAAAUCUCAGACAAGAUUGUGACACGUUGCUCAACUCGGUAUCUAGGAAGGCUACCGGUACGGAUGCCAAGGCUGACCAAAGCCUCACACCAGCUGAACCAAAACUAAAGCACACCAUACCAUCCCCGUUCCAACUCACCGAGCCUAAGCCUCGGGAGCUCCCUGUUCCACGAGAGACGAUCAAACCAGUCACGCACAAACCUAUUCCAAAGAGUCUCAAUGAGAAUUCUCUACAAAAGAUAAAGGAACAAGACGAGGCACGUCUGCUGAUGAUGAAGGAGAGGACGCUGUCUAAAUAUGCCGACGAGGCAGCGGUGCCGACCUUGGCGACUGCUAGUCGUGCUGCGGACAUAGACAGCUUAAGGAAGGAGAUCGAUAACGAGCGACUGGCCGAGUGCACCUUCCAACCGAACCCUGCUAAACCUGUUCCGAAAAUACUGCCAGAGGCUGAGGUCAAGGCUACUAGUGCAAGCCUACUCAGGUCAGCUGUGGUGGACGUGGCGGAUAAAAUCGCUGAGAAGAAGCGGCAACGGUUGGCAGAAGAGCGCAAGUUGCAGGAGGAACUGAGGAAGAUCACCGACAAGAGAGCAGCUCUGGCGGAGUCAGCAGAGUUGCUCGCCAGAAAGCGUCAUGAGGAGCUUCAUAAGGGCCGCAAGAGGGAAGCCUCUCACCGUCAGAAAACCGUCCUGAAUGAGAAGUCGAGAGAGAUGAAGGUUUCAGCUCAGAGCAAAGCGAUAAGAGAGACUAAUGCAGCCAAGGUCCAGACGGAAAUGGAUGAGCUCAGGAAGAGGUAUCGGUGGGAGGAUGAGUUCAUCACGCGCCGCUACCUGUUGGUUGUAGCGAACGCUAGCAGGAUGAUCAACCCUUUUCAAUGA